AUACCGCUGAUUAACUCAUAUGAGACACUUCCGGUUCAUUGCCAAUUUUUAAAACCGUUCAUUGUAGUAGCCAAUCAUACGAGAGCUUUCUUGUAAAGCUAACCAAUAGGGAGUAGCGUUAUCUCGAGGCUGCGGUCUUGGUCAGUGGAAAUGUGUAAACGCGAUAGCGUUUGGCAUGGCAGAAAAGUGUUAUGCUGUAUUAAUGUUAGCUAACCCCGUAGACUGUUUAGUAUUUUGAUUAAAUGUUUGUUUACGAUUAAAUUAUUAAGGUUAGAGUGGUUUUAGGGAAAGGAAGGUUUCGUUUUCACAAUGUUUCGGCAAAGCAAUACGUUUUUAUCACAACUGAAGUACUUGAGUGUGCGGGGCCGAGAGGCGUGGAGGCCUAAGACUACAUCAGCUCCUGACCGAGCUAUGCAGUAUGUGAUAGGCCAGAAGAUCCACGGCUUCACCGUCCAAGAGGUAACAGCGGUGCCGGACCUUUUCCUGACAGCGGUAAAACUCGAUCAUGAUGUCACAGGAGCACAGUACCUGCACGCAGCUAGAGAUGACUCCAACAACCUCUUCAGUGUACAGUUCCGUACCACGCCCAUGGACAGUACAGGUGUUCCCCACAUUCUUGAGCACACAGUUCUGUGUGGCUCCCAGCGCUUCCCCUGCAGGGAUCCCUUCUUUAAAAUGCUGAACCGCUCUCUCUCCACGUUUAUGAAUGCCUUCACAGCAAGUGACUACACAAUGUACCCCUUCUCCACUCAAAAUGCCAAAGACUUCCAGAACCUUCUGUCUGUCUACCUGGAUGCUGUCUUCUUCCCAUGUCUUCGAGAACUGGAUUUCUGGCAGGAAGGGUGGCGUCUGGAAAAUGAGAACCCUACAGACCUGUCAUCUUCACUGGUGUUUAAAGGGGUGGUCUUCAAUGAGAUGAAGGGGGCUUUUUCAGAUAAUGAGAGUUUAUAUGCCCAGAAUCUGCAGAAUAAGCUUUUACCCGAUCACACAUACUCGGUGGUAUCAGGUGGAGAACCACUCACCAUACCUGACCUCACCUGGGACCAACUCAAAAACUUUCACUCUACACACUACCAUCCCAGCAAUGCCAGGUUUUUCACAUAUGGAGACCUUCCAUUGGAGAAGCAUCUGAAGCAGAUCCAGGAAGAGGCGCUGUCCAAAUUUUGGAGAACAGAGCCAAACACGGCAGUACCAUCCCAGAUACGCUGGAACAAACCUAGGGAAGCUCACGUGAACUGCGCUCCUGAUGCACUUGCUCCUGACCCAGCGAAACAGAACACGCUGUGUGUGAGCUACCUGCUGGGGGACAUCACAGACACGUAUGAGGCAUUCACUCUGAGUUUCCUCUCUUCUCUCAUGAUUUCUGGCCCCAACUCUCCCUUCUACAAAGCCCUUAUUGAACCCAAGAUUGGCACUGACUUCUCUUCUGCAGUGGGAUACGAUGGCAGUACCCGGGAUGCUUCCUUCAGUGUCGGCCUGCAGGGUAUGGCAGAGGAGGACCUUGAGAGGGUCAAAGGCAUCAUUAGCCAAACCAUAGAUUACAUCAUCGCGACAGGGUUUGAAGAAGAGCGGAUUGAGGCCUUGCUUCAUAAGAUUGAGAUUCAGAUGAAACACCAGUCUGCCAGUUUUGGCCUGGCUCUUGCCUCUUAUAUUGCAUGCUGCUGGAACCAUGACGGCAAUCCAGUACAGUUGCUGAAAAUCACUGAGAACGUCUCCAGAUUCAGACAGUGCCUGCAGGAGAACCCCCGCUAUCUACAGGACAAAGUCCAGCACUACUUUAAGGACAACUCCCACAAGCUGACCCUGUCCAUGAAACCUGAUGAACAGUACCUGGAGAAACAGAUCAAAGCAGAACAGGAGAAACUCCAGCAAAAAAUCCUGGCCCUCAGUGAAACUGACCGUAAAGACAUCUAUGAGAAGGGUUUGCAGCUACUCUCUGAGCAAAGCAAAACUCAGGAUACUUCCUGCUUACCUGAGUUGAAGGUGUCCGACAUCGACUCCACCAUACCCUGCACACCGGUGCAGAUGGGCACUGCAGGAGGAGUGCCGGUUCAGUACUGCGAACAGCCAACUAACGGCAUGGUGUAUUUCCGAGCCAUGUGUAACCUCAACACCCUCCCAGAGGACCUGAAGAUCUACAUCCCCCUCUUCUGCAGUGUUAUAACCAAGUUAGGAUCUGGGGAGCUGGAUUAUCGGCAACAGGCCCAGCAGAUGGAACUGAAGACCGGGGGCAUGUUUGUGACCUCACAGGUCAUACCAGACACUGCCGACCUCGACCUGUACGAACAGGGUGUUCUUCUCACCUCCUCAUGUCUGGAGCGCAACUUGCCUGGAAUGUUCCAGCUGUGGAGUGACAUUUUCAACAGUUCUCGUUUUGAUGACGAGGAGAGACUGAGAGUGCUGGUGAUGAUGGCAGCUCAGGAGCUGUCCAAUGGUAUCUCUUCUUCAGGUCAUAUGUAUGCGAUGACUAGGGCAGCACGAUCUCUCACACCUACUGCUAACCUGCAAGAGACCUUCAGUGGUAUGACUCAGGUGACGUUCAUGAAGAGAAUAGCUGAGAUGACUGAUGUGACGUCAGUUUUAAGAAAGCUUCCCAGAAUAAAGAGGCACCUCCUGAAUGUAGAUAACAUGAGGUGUUCAGUGAACGCUACUCCUCAGAAAAUGGCAGACGUCACAGUAGAGCUGGAGAGGUUUAUGGACAAUAUAGCCUCUACCAGGAAAGAGCGAAAGCCAGUCAGACCAGUUAUUGUUGAGAGGCCAUUGGAUCCUCAUGCACCUGCUGGAUCAGUUGCUAGCCGUAAACUCAUCUCUGAGCCCAAUUUUAAGCCCUGUCAAAUGAAGACAUACUUUGAGCUUCCGUUUCCCGUCAACUUCGCUAGUGAGUGUGUUCGUACAGUCCCUUUCACUCAUGAGGAUUAUGCCAGCCUGUGUGUUCUAGGAAGGCUGAUGACUGCUAAGUUUCUACAUGGAGAAAUCAGAGAGAAGGGUGGAGCCUAUGGGGGUGGAGCAAGAAUGGGGGGAGGUGGCCUGUUUGCUUUUUACUCAUACAGAGACCCAAACUGCUCCCAGACACUGGCAGCAUUUCGGAAAGGUGUCGAGUGGGUAUGCGAUGGGAAGUUCACACAGCAGGACGUGGACGAGGCCAAACUGUCCGUCUUCUCUACUGUGGAUGCCCCAAUAGCUCCCUCAGACAAAGGCUUUGGGCUCUUUGUAAACGGGAUUAGUGACGAGGUGAAACAGGCUCACCGAGAGAGACUCUUCGCUGUGAUGCGCAAAAACCUCAUAGAUGUGGCUGGCCGGUAUCUUGGAUUUGGCCAGAGUACACGUGGAGUGGCAGUUCUGGGUCCAGAGAAUGAGAGCAUCAAGAAAGACCCAUCCUGGGUUGUAAAAUAGACCCAGAAUAGAUUUGUGCUCUGAUUUUAUUUCUGCUUUGAAAACCUUUACUUACUGGAUAAUCAUAUUGCAAAUAUUCCUAGAUUUGCUCUGUGGAAUGCCUCAGAAUCUUUAGCAGUCCAUUACUAGCAUAUAGUCAUAGGUUUGAUUAAUCAGAAGAAAGCCCUGGGUACACCAAAAAGAUGCAAAAGAUUUUUCUUAUGACUGCAAAGCUUUUUUAGGACUUCUGCUUUCAACUUGACCAGUACAAUUAGCCGUAAAUAAAAUUAACAAACAGCACUACACUAACCCCAUCAUUAAUGGGGAUCUAAAUUUUAGUCUCAUUGGCUAUCCUUUAUUCCCAGGGGAAAACAAAGUAUUUUGUAAAUCCAUUUUGCUAAAUGGUGUUUGACAUCACCGUUUAUCCUGAAAUCAGUGUUAUAUUGUCAUGUCAGAUUGAAAUAUUUAUCCAGGUUUUUACACUGUAAACAACCUCUCAACGCACAAGAUGCAAUGUGUUCAUGUGCUAUUACAUACUGAUCUAACUACCUAAACCAGUGGCUGUUACUACCAGUUCCAGUGCUGACUCACAAUGAGCUGCCCCUUUCCUUCUUUUUGCCAGCUCUGACAUGCCUACUUCAUCAGCCAAUCAGCACAGCUGUUCAUGUGUUACAUGUGACAGAGCAGGAAAACCACAGAGUGCAGUGCUGGGACUGAAUAUAAUAGAAAAUAAAUAUUGUUUACCUUGCAUAUUGCAUAUAAUUGGUGGACUCCAUCAAAUUGCUGGGUUUUAACAAGCAUUGCUUAUUGUUCUGGUGGUGUAUUUGUUGAUGGACGUUGAUGACACAAACAUCUUGAAUCCUUUGAGAUUGAUCUGGUUUUCCUACAUGGAUCCAGACUGGAAUGUGUGUUUAGCAAGAUGAGCCAGUUCCGUUGGGUACCAGUUCCAUUUAAGCUGGUAUUAAAAUGAAAAGAUCACAACAUUCUGGGUAAUUUUAUUUUUAACAGGAUUGUUGCCUCAUGGUUAAAUAUACAUACUUUGAAAGAUUUAUAAAAGUGAAGGAAAGUGAAUGACUGCUCUAAUAAAUAACAUUUGCAAAUAAGAA